AACAAAACGUGAGUUUUAAUGAAAAUUUGUAAAAUACCUGCUUUAAAAUUUUCCCACUGAGUUUCAGUGGUUGAGGAAAAAGUUUGGGUAAAACUAUAAAACCCUGUUUAUUUUUAAUUACAAUAUACUACAAUAUUAUAAAUAAAUUAAUAUAAGGAUAAUAUUGUUUCUUAAAUGAUUAUACAAAAACCAAUUUUUAGAAAUAUUUCAAAAGCAUGGAGCAUAAGGGCAGUAAGUUCAAUUUCAGAAGGUGCAAUUCUAGUACGGGACAAUGGGCCAUUAAAGCUUAUCGGAUUGAACCGUCCGGAUAAAAAGAACUGCCUCACUCUCUCAAUGGUUCAAUCGUUAAAAGAAGUCAUUUCAGAUUUUGAGAAAGAUAGUUCGACAAAUGCUGCUGUGAUUUAUGGCGAAAAGGGGAAUUUCUCAUCUGGCAUCGACGAGGAGGAUCUCGCUGCCGACCCAGACCUGAUUGAGAAAAUUGAAAGAACCGGACUGUUAGAUGUCCAUUGCAAGAAACCGUUGGUAGCUGCUAUUUCCGGUUUUGCAAUAGGGCACGCCCUGGAUAUUGCUCUUAGAUGCGAUCUCUUAGUAAUGGAAGACACAGCGUUUGUUUCAGUUUUCAACAGAAAAACAAGAAAUUUAACGACACCAAGGCAAAUUCAAUAUCUCAUGAAUCUGUUUGGCCAAAGAAAAACUUUAGAUUGGGCGCUAACUGGAAGGCAGAUUGGCGCUAAAGAAGCAUUAGAUUGUGGGCUUGCUUCUCGUAUUGUUGCAUGUGGAACGGGUCUCGGACAGUCAGUGUCGCUAGCGAAUGGUUUAUGCUGCUUACCACCCGAUAAGUUGAACUCUGACAGAGCGUUGAUAUACUCAAUGGAAACGAGUAAAUAUCACAAUGAAUGAGUGAUUGUUUUAUUGUUGUUGUUACUGUAUUUUGAGAACAGUGAAAAUAAAUUUUAAUUUUACA